CAGCCUGCCUAUCUAAAUAUUUAAAUGGAACUCAAGUCACUGAUUCUCUCACUUAGCUCAAUCGGAGAGAACAUGGAGAGAGAAGGAAGAAAAGAAGGCGAAGGAGCUUUUUACUAUCUUUGGAUUCCGUUUAAGUUCAUCUACCAAACUCUCCGAUCUCUCUUAUUCAAGCUUUUCGGUCUGCGAACUCCUUCUAACCAAACUUUUCAGGAAGAAGAAGUUGAGGUUGUGGAAGUAUCAUCGAGGGGGCUCCGGGCGAAACCGAAACUACAGCAGAAGUCGAAAGCAACUUCCGGCAAGCCCGGAAGUGUUAACAAGAAGCCUUCCUAAGUUAUGUAUAAUUUACGGAAAGAUUCUUGCUUACAUGCUCUGCUAAUUAAGAAAAUGUGAUUUCUCUUCUCCUUUUGCACUGUAUUUUUCUUUUUACUGAUUUUGCAUUGUAUAUUUCUCGAAGCUUGCAAGUUCACCGAGACCUUUUGUUUCAUAAUAAUAAAAGACGGUGAGAAUCUUGUGUGAUUCUUGGCGAGAAUGUUGUAAAACAAAUAACAUAAUCGUAUGAACCCGCAAAAUUAAUUGCAUGUACAUUCUGUACUAGUGUC